AAUAUGUGAAUGUUUUCUUUUAAAAUUUCUGCACAAUAAUAAACAUAUAUAUUUUAAUUAAAUUUUUCAUCAUAUAUAUAUAUAUAAUUUGGUGUUUGAUUUAUUUUUUUGAAAACAUAAAUAAUAAGUUUUCAUGCUGGUUUAGUGGUUUUUCAUUACGAAGAAAACUAUGUCCGGGUCACAUUGGUUGUUGGCGCGGAUCAUUGUUUUUUUAAGGUGUAACCGGACCGGAUAGUGUCGAGGACACGGAUAGACCGGUCCAAUCGGAUGGUCGGUCCGUUUCAAUAGAAUAGACUUCACGAUGAAGUUCUGCUUUUUCCUUUGUGAUUCUGUACUUGAAAGAAUAUCUCUUCUUUACUUUUGAUGUGUGAUCUGAAAGUUAGAUUCUUUUGUGUUUCGAUCUUAAAACUCCGGCAAAGCCCAUUUCGAGUUUACGAACAGAUUUGAUCCCCUGAGUGUUAUAAUAUCAUGACGAUCAGAGAGUUACGGUCGGAAGAAUCAGUUGGUGGUACUUGUCUGCUUCUCUCGCUUCCAGAAGAUGUGUUUGCUGCUACCUCUCGUUUUCUAUCUCCAAGCGACAUUUGCAACCUAAGCUUAUGCUGCAAAAGCCUCUGCGACCUUGUGGAUUAUUCAGAGAAGAUAUGGUUUGUGCAAUGUGAGCUCGUAAAGGCUCUUCCUUUAUCCGAAAUAGUCCGGUGGCGAAGAAUCGGGAUCUCUUCUUACAAGGCUCUCUGUCGGUUUCUUGUGGAGGUAGUGAGCCCUCUUGUUGGGGUUUGGGUUCACCAAGAACCUGAGCUUGGGAAUGUUGUCUACGUGAUGCCUGGUUUCUUGUCUGUUGUUGGUUGUCGGAUCAUCCCACAAAAGGUUGGUCCUUUGGGGAUUCAGGAAGGGAGGGUUAUGUGGUCACCGGUGUUUGAGAUCAUCUGUGAUCACGAUGAUGGCUCCACCAAGUUCUUCCUCCAUGGAAGAGGCAGAGAAGGAAGUUGCGUGUACCCUGGUUCUGUUACAGGCAUCAUCGACAAGACUUGCAAUGUGCUCUCACUCGAGGUUGAGCCGAGUCAAGAGAAGAAGAGUGGGGUUCCAUUUCAGAAGCUUGAUGAUAGCGAUAGAAGAAACUUAAUUGAACUAGUGACAAGCCAUGUAGGUGUACAUGUAUCUGAACCAUUGAGUGGGAAGUUGUUUCCCACAAGGAGAGAAGAUGAAGGGAUGUUGUUGGAACGUAGAACCAUGCUCCUUAAAAUGCACAAGUUUGGUAAGAACCAUGCUCCUACGCAGGUAGACAUAAACGAGAUGGGUGCUUCCCCAUGUGUGAAUCGCCGGAGAUUUCUUAGCGCUGGUGACACAUUUGGUCUUAGUCUCAAAGCUUCCUACACUGAGAUGUCUUCUUACAAAGGGUGGCCAAGAAUGGAUCUCAACCGCUUUUGCCUGCACAAACUACCAAUCAAGAGUCUUGGAGAGGACCAAGAGUAUGCUGGUUUGUGGGGAGGAACGUUUGGGUGGCCACCUGGGAGAUGUAAUGAAGAUAAAACCGGACAUGCUUUUUAUCUACUGAUGCUCUCUUACGAAGAAUCUAGAAAGAACAAUGGGAAACGUCUUGUUGGGACGAAAAUACUCGAAGGCAAUGACUUUGUGCAGCAUCCCAAUGGAACACCAAUGUUUGUAUGGAAACGUCUUACAAAAACGUGUUUACCAAGUCAGUAUGAGUCUGUUCCUCUUCCUCCGUGGCAAUCUUGGAAAAUGGAACACGCUGCAGCAGAUAUUCAAAGCUCUCUCCCAUAUCUUGUCUUGUUUUUGAGAUAUAAACUCAUUGUUGAAUGUCUUGUGACAUCAUUUGCCGCUUUACAUUUACACUCGCAGGAAAAGAUAUCUCAAAUGUUUCUGAGAUUUCACUUACUUUAUAUAUUUUAAACAAUACGUUAACAAUACUUGAAUUUGUGUAAUUUUCUCUUUAGUUCAUUCAACAAUACAAUGUUUUAUACUACCUCCUUUCCUUUUAAUUGUUGUUGUAGAAUAAAAGUUUCCUUGUGUCGUUUUAGAAUUUCAAUGCAAAAUUUAUUAACUUUAUAUGUUAUAUGUUUUUUUCAUAUCCUCUAGUUUUUUUUUUGUAUUGACUGAAAUGUGGUCAAAUGUAUAAAUAAUGAUGUUUUAUUUUAAAAAUAUACAAAAUUAAAUAGGCACAAAUCUACAACAAUAGGAAAAAUCUAAACAAGACACUUUGGUGGCACGCAUCCCCCACGAGCAAUUGUCACUAACACACCGCAAUACAAAUCUUGACUUGUUAGAACACACAGCCUUGUACUCAACUUCCCCUCUAAGGACUAUUUCUUCAUCCUCGACAUUAAUUCUUCGUUGCUCUUAAAAUAGCUUUUCACCUUAAUAGCUAUUAUGGUUGGUGGAAGUCCAAUAUGGACAGGACUUAAAUCUGGAAUAAGAUUAAGAGGGAUUGCAGAGACACCUUGAAAAGGAAAUGUCUGCAAAAUUUAAGUUGUUUAUGAAGGAUUAGUACAUGGUUAAGAAGGCUAUCAUGAAUAUUAUAAGAAAGAAUAUAAAAUCAUACAAACACAAAAAAAAAAAGAGAUUUGAAUCAAUGUUUCUGUUAUCAACAUUAAACUCUCACUGGAAAGAUUCUUUUGAGCUCCAUUGUCCACAAACACAAAAAAACUUCAGUCAUAGUUCGAAAAUCUGUUAAAAAAAUCACAAGAAAAUCUCAAAAAGACCAACCACAAAGACAUUAAAGUAAAUUUUUGAGUGUAGAAGGUGAAGAUGGCGAGAAUACAAUCUUAAGUUUCAAAAAAAAA